AUGGCCCUGGAGUCGCCCUUGAUCUCGUCGCCUGCCAACAUGAUGUCAGCCUUCUCACCAUACACCGAAUUCUCGUUGUCUCCAAACUCGCCAGCCAUGCCCAACACCCCAAGGUUCCAGUCGCUGUCUGCUCGGAGCUCUACUGAUGCCGCCUCGCUGCAUCCGAACUCUAAUGGGGGUGGCCGAUUCUCUUCCAUUGAUGCCCCAAGCCCAAGCGAUAUGGUGGGACCAUCGCCAGUAACGUCGAAUGGCACCGAGACAACGGAUAUAGAAGAUGAUUCUGUGGAGGAAGAACCGGAGGCAGAACCCGCCCCCACCAACACAAAUGGACAAAAACCAUUGAAUUCGUUAACCACUGUCCUGCCCUCUCACUUCCGCAAUAAACUUGAGGACGAGCCAGCGUCAGUUAUUCAUGCGCCGCAGGGUUAUAUGAAUUUUGCGAAUACAAAGAAUGACAACCCCCCACAACAACCACCGAAUAUUGACCGGUGUACACCCAAGCCUUUCCACCACGAAGGUGGAGCUCUCACAAUCAAUUCCUCGCAUAGCGGCGAUAAGACGAUCACUCCAAGCCCGGUAUCACCGCCACCAAUAUCAACCGAUGUUGCGCCUACAUCCUUUACCCCAGAUAAUACCACACCAAGAGCUCAAACGAGACAAGAGCUCGACCUGAUUUCAGAGAGAUCUCGAUUACGUUCAAGCAGCGCAAGUAGUCUAGAAGGUAUCCCCGAAGAUGCUAGAGAGUCUGAUGAAAACGCUGAUGACAACCAAGGCUUUUCUGCCCGCAAUGACCCUGACUACGAUGUGAAUGCGUUGAAAACGGCACUCCAUGAAUGCUGGACACUGUGCAACACACUGGCCAGUCUAAGCUCUAUACACCGAGAAAGAAUAUUCAGUUUCUCGGGGACUGGCGACACCCACGAAAAGGCGUGGAAGUGCUGCUGGAAAUUAUGCCAGAAGCUGUAUGAUAACCGUGACGACCAUCAUGAUUUCCAAUGCCGACCCACUCUCGACCUGUGCCGAGAGUUUUGCCAGGCACUAUUCGAUGUGCGGGAGCGCAACAACGAUCUCGCGGACUCGGUCCUGCGAGUCAGUUUUGAAUUGAACAACCAUCUUUUCAACACUCAUGAUAGGAACCUACCCGAGGCUUUCCGUGAGCGGACGCUAGAUUUCUAUAUCACGUUAUGUCAUCGUCUGAUGAAACAGAGGAGUGACCAAACACAAGAGACUGAUUCUCUGCUCCGCGCGUGCUGGUCUCUGGCUGAGAUGCUUUUUAGCCUACGCCAGAACCGUCUUGAAGGCAAGGACGCCGAUGAGGAGCUUCUCGGCUCAGCAGUACAGGCCUGCUGGGAGCUCUGCGAUCUCUUCCGCGAAGGCUGGACACAAGUCCGCCCAGAGCGAGGGACGCCCCGACCGAGCCAGACAACCUUCACCCAAUCCUUCGACCAACUUAAUCGCUCUUCCCACUCCACACACUCCCACCAAAAUAGCAACAGCAGCAUGUCCAGCAUGUCUAGCUUGCCGAGCAUCCUCAAGCGCGUCGAGCCGCGGCGCAUCGAACCGGAGACCCCCACCACCGAAUUCGAAGACACGCCCAUCUCACCAGAAGACCACUCCCCAUCUAUCCCCAACAUCCUCGUCCUCGGCACCGAGAACGGGCGCAGUUCGGCCCGCUGGUCCAGCAAUUCCUCCAACCUCUCCGGCUACUCCCAGGGCAGCAACAAGACUUCCAGCACAGCCAAGGGCACCACUUCCGAAGAUGUAAACCUCACCCGCCUCAAAAUCCUCAUCCUCAAAGCCGCCAUGAAUGUCGGUUUCGAGCGCAACCAGCCCUCGAACGGCUCCGUCUCUGGGCCCGCAAACGCACUACAGGCCUACGUCAAGGCGCUGCCGACGGGGAGUUUCGGCUGCUUACCUUGGCACGCGAAUUUACUGGCCAGCUACAAGGACCUCAUCCUCAGCGACCCCACGUUCCGCAGCGCGGUCACGCUGCCGCCGCAGGGGAAGCGCGCUAAUGCCCUUGAUGUCAGUAAGAGCGUUGGCUGGAUGAUGAAGAGCGGGCAGUAUCUCUGGCUGAAGGACUUGUACUGCCUCGUGUUUGGGUUCCAAGUUGAUGAGGCCGAGAAGCGCAAGAAUACCGGGAUUGUUGUCUAAGGCUCUGAAAUAUUCCGAAUCGGGAUCGAACACCGCAGAUUCAUAAUUCCUUCGAACGGCGAGAGGCAUAUGUGUUACCGAUACACUGGUUUGGAAUGGGUUUGACCAUAGUUCCAAAUGAGGCGGUACCAACCCCUUGCGCAAGGGGUUGGCACCGCCUUAGUGCGAAGAAGAAUCGACUACAUUAAAGGGCAUACACGGCACUCCGUCUCGGGCAGCACAUCCCCGAGCAGAGAAUGAAACGAACACAUCCAUCUAUCCAUCUAUCUAUUACUAUUUUUGCGACGAUCUUUUCACAGCAUCUACUACUAUCUACAUACAUUUAUAGUCGUUUCAGCGUUCUCGGCGGUACUGUUGCUUGCUUUGCUGGAUACCCCCCCACCCACCUACUUCUCACGAAGUGGGUAUGUUUGUUUUCUCCCCACAUGGGCGUAAAAUCGGCGUCUAUAAUGGGAGCGGGCGCUACGUUUUUUUGGGGUUUUUUUUUUGUUAUGGUUAUGGUUAGGUUGUUUUCUGGUCGGUUUGGUGACUCGGCCCCCCCUGACAUGAUUCGGGUUUCGACGACAGGGAUUUUUGGGGGCCGAUGGGAAGCGAGGGGUCGGAGGUUUGAAUGGAUUGAGCGAGUAAGUGUAGAGAUGCCAUGGGGGAAGAGAUCUAAAGGGGUUGAAGACUGUUUGUAGUUCAGAAGCAUUGCGGAGAGCCUACAUAUCUAUAUCUACCUACACGCACAUAUAUCCCUAUUACAAGUUACCAUCCGCCCUUCAAGCAUAGAAGUCAUCGUCUCAUUGUUAUGUAUCUUUUAUUUCCUAAACUAGGAAAAACCCGAAAAAAAAGGGGGAAUCCGGAAUCGAAAUAAGAAUCCGUUGAAUCCAUCCUCAGCCUCGCACGCUGUUAACGUACACACACCCACCCGACCCACGGCCUUUUUUUGUUCGAGGAGAAAAGAAAAGGAAAGGGACAAUUUCUAUUUCGGGAUCUAGAAGUACAACCUUGUUUUUGAGAUAGGGAAGAAAACCCUCUCUGUACAAUUUCUCGCUGUUUCUCAUGCUUCAAUUGAACCUGAGUAACCAACCAACCAACCAACCAACC